CACAUACAUAUUUUGUUUCUUUUUCAUUGGCUAUACUAUCGGUGCUAUUGUCAACGGAAUUAUAUAUAAUUACAUAAACCGUCAGUUGGUUUUGGCGUGUCUUAUGAUAAUUAUGGCCAUAACCGUCGCUGUCCUACCUGUCUGUCCAAAUAUAGCCGUAUUAUUCGCUAUGGCGGGGAUAUGUGGGUACGGUUGUGGAGGUGUAGACACGGCACUAGUAGUUUGGUUAGUGGAAAUGUGGGGCAAUAAAUCGAGUUUAUAUUUAGGUGGCUAUCAGUUUUUCUUUGCCGCCGGUGUUUGUAUUGCACCCUUAAUGGAGGCCAAUUAUCUCACAAAUACACCGACCAAUCAGACAUAUACUUCCAGCAUAAUCAAUGUGUCCCGACUGGAAGUUCCCUUUGCUAUAAACGGCGUUUUUCUUAUAGUAUCAGCGAUUCUGUUAUUACUUCUCUACUGUUAUCGGCCAUACAUUCCGCCUAAAAGUCCACAGAAAGCAAUCAAAUUUGAAUUUCCAAAGAAAUGGGAACUCAUAUACAUAUUACUCGGAGUAUUUAUUAUCGGACCGUACGUGGGACUGGAGCUCAUGAACUUCCAGCUAAUUCCCACAUUUCUCGAGAAGUCGUACCAAAACAUAUCCGACUCCCGGAGCUCAAAUUUACUAGCUAUACUGACCGGGAUGUUUGCCAUUUUUCUCUAUCCAUCGGUUUACUCUUUCUUUGAAUCGCAGCUCACUUUAAGCAACACAACCGCCGUCAUAUAUAAUGGCACGGUUUUGGGGGUCGUCUCGCGCCGUAUAUACCGCGCAAUUGUUACCGGAAUUCGGGUCGAUUUAUAG